AGUUAUGGAGACUGAAGAGAUGAUACGCCGGCCCUCGCCCUUCGAUACUGUCAAUCCCAUAUCGAAAUUAUUUUUCACUUGGGUUUGGAGUAUAUAUAUAAAGGGCCACAAAAAGGACCUCGAGUUUAAGGAUCUCUACCGGUGUGCCAAACGAGACGAAUCACAUAAAGUACAGAAUAGACUAGAAAUUCAAUGGAAAAAAGAGCUGAAGAAAGCGAAUCCAAGUCUUGCAAAGGCUCUCUUCCGAGCGUUUGGUUUAGACUUUUUGCCAUUACUUUUGGUUUUCAUGUUUCAAGAACUGGUGGUGAGAGUGAGUCAACCGAUACUAUUGGGACAAGUGGUCAGAUAUUUCCAGAAUAAUAACGACAAUCCCAUUGACUACAAGACCGCCGCGUUGUCUGCGGCCGGAGUUGUCGGCUGUUCAGCCCUUUUCGUUACAUUCAAUCACUUGAAUAUAUGUUAUGUAAUGAAGUUUGGGCUCAGAAUGAGAGUCGCCUGUUGUGCUCUCAUGUAUAAAAAAUCAAUGCGUUUAAGCCGUACGGCAUUAGGAAAGACAACUGUCGGCCAGAUAUUGAACCUAAUGUCCAACGAUGUGAACCGAAUCGAUGAAUUUGCAUUUUCUGCCCAUUCCUGGGUUGUGGCACCCCUUCAGUCGGCAUUAAUACUAUACAUGCUUUGGGAACACUUGGGGUUCGCGUGUUUGGCCGGUCUUACAGUACUCGUGCUAUUCAUACCAUUCCAGGGACUGAUGGGUAAGAGUUUCGCAACCGUUCGCCGAAAUACCGCCAAAUUGACGGACAAUAGGAUCAGAAUUAUGAACGAAAUCAUAACCGGAAUGCGAGUCAUCAAAAUCAUAUGGACCCUCUUCGGUAAGCGUGUUAACCACCGUUUGCGAGCGUUCAUUUCGUUAACAAUAUUUGAUGAACGCUUAAUACAAACUUUGAUAAGUGGUGUUAAGACAUGUUUAACAUCAAAUAUCGAUGCAUCAUCAUUACUCUAUGCAAGUUUCGGCAUUUUCAAGGCUAGGAGUAUUAGAAUGCUACUU